AAUGAUUCUUACGUUUAUGCAGAUAUUCUUCGCCCUUGGAGUUCCCGUUGACAUUCCCGACAAAUCGGUGCUAUUUUCUCUGUAUUUCGAAGCGAAUUACGUGCUCCCAGGGGAAUGGAGCUCCAAUUAUUACUGGGACGAGUCGAAUCUCAAAAAACGAAGUCUGGAUCGACGGCUGGCUUAUGAUAUUCUUAUUAGCAAAUUGGAAAGUUUCGGUUAUUCCGGGGAAAAUUGUCUGCAAAAAAUGAUCUGCGAAGUUGCCAACUUUCCUCUAACUAAUAACGGUGUGCUCGGCGAUGUCCUGCAAAUUUUAUUUACGCCAUCCUCUUCGCAAGAUGAAAAUCUUCCGAGCGGGAUCACCGAGGCUGAGUACGCGAAAGAUUGCAAUAACCGCUAUAAAAAAUGCCCUCAAAGUCCAUUAGCCUUGAUAAGGUAUCAUGAUCUCAACGAUAAUAGCUAAAAAAGCCACGGUUAUUAAACGCAAUCUUCAUAAUUCGGUACAGUUCGUGGCCUGUCGUCCGAUAAUGAGUCUCGUAAAAAAAACAAGAUGCUUACAUCUCUAAGAUAAAUAAUAAUUUAUCAACAUCGAACGAUACAUACCAUUUUUUUUUUUGUACAAUAAUAUUGUAAUAUUUAUUAAAUCGAAAAUACAUGCGUCUCUUUCCUCUCAUUACGUAUUCGCAUGAUUCGUUUUUCAUUUCAAGGAACAUUUCUUUAAUAAUUUUGUUAAUAAAAGUUUCAACCGAAUAUUCGCGAAUAUUACGAAGGCUGUUCAUUAAAAAAAAAAAGAACAAUUUAUAGUAAUACUUUCUUAUAUGUAUAAAAAAUGAAGUGUUUAAAUUAUAAUUGUAACUAACAACGAUGAGAGAUUGAAAAUGAUCGAAGUAAAAAUACUUAAGAACUAUGGAAGAAGAAUAUUAUCGAAACCGCUUUUUUUU